UCUACCAAUGCCGAGCGCGAGGAGGCGGGAUAAAAAGGCGAGCCGAAGGUAGUCUGGCGGAUACGCUCGCCCACUCGCUCCUUUCUGGUGGCUGACGCGUCCGUGGUGGCAUCGCCGGAGACUCCCAUCGCCCUGCCGUCGUCAUGUCGAAGUCGGAGUCUCCCAAGGAGCCAGAACAGCUGCGGAAGCUCUUCAUCGGAGGGCUGAGCUUCGAGACAACCGACGAGAGCCUGAGGAGCCAUUUUGAGCAAUGGGGGACACUCACCGAUUGUGUGGUAAUGAGGGAUCCAAACACCAAGAGGUCCAGGGGCUUCGGGUUUGUCACCUACGCCACGGUGGAGGAAGUGGAUGCCGCCAUGAAUGCAAGGCCACACAAGGUGGAUGGAAGAGUUGUGGAACCCAAGAGAGCUGUGUCAAGAGAAGAUUCUCAGAGACCAGGUGCCCACUUAACUGUGAAGAAGAUCUUUGUUGGUGGUAUUAAAGAAGACACUGAAGAACAUCACCUACGAGACUACUUUGAGCAGUAUGGGAAAAUUGAAGUGAUCGAGAUCAUGACUGACAGAGGCAGUGGCAAAAAGAGGGGCUUUGCUUUUGUCACCUUUGAUGACCAUGACUCUGUGGAUAAGAUUGUUAUUCAAAAAUAUCAUACUGUGAAUGGCCACAACUGUGAAGUAAGAAAAGCCCUGUCAAAGCAAGAGAUGGCUAGUGCCUCGUCCAGCCAGAGAGGUCGGAGUGGCUCUGGAAACUUUGGUGGUGGUCGAGGAGGUGGUUUUGGUGGCAAUGACAAUUUUGGGCGAGGAGGAAACUUCAGUGGUCGUGGUGGCUUUGGUGGCAGCCGUGGUGGUGGUGGCUAUGGUGGCAGCGGGGAUGGCUAUAAUGGAUUUGGUAAUGACGGUGGUUAUGGAGGAGGCGGCCCUGGUUACUCUGGAGGAAGCAGAGGCUAUGGAAGUGGUGGACAGGGUUAUGGAAACCAGGGCAGUGGCUAUGGCGGGAGUGGCAGCUAUGACAGCUAUAACAACGGCGGAGGCGGCUUUGGCGGUGGUAGUGGAAGCAAUUUUGGAGGUGGUGGAAGCUACAAUGACUUUGGCAAUUACAACAAUCAGUCUUCAAAUUUUGGACCAAUGAAGGGAGGAAACUUUGGAGGCAGGAGCUCUGGCCCUUAUGGUGGUGGAGGCCAGUACUUUGCUAAACCACGGAACCAAGGUGGCUAUGGAGGUUCCAGCAGCAGCAGCAGCUAUGGCAGUGGCAGGAGGUUCUAAAUUACAUACAUGACAGCCAGGAAACAAAGCUUAGCAGGAGAGAGGAGAGCCAGAGAAGUGACAGGGAAGCUACAGGUUACAACAGAUUUGUGAACUCAGCCAAGCACAGUGGUGGCAGGGCCUAGCUGCUACAAAGAAGACAUGUUUUAGACAAUACUCAUGUGUAUGGGCAAAAGAACUCCAGGAUGUAUUUUGUGACUAACUGUAUAACAGGUUAUUUUAGUUUCUGUUCUGUGGAAAGUGUUAAAGCAUUCCAACAAAGGGUUUUACUGUAGACCUUUUUUCACCCAUGCUGUUGAUUGCUAAAUGUAAUAGUCUGAUCAUGACGCUGAAUAAAUGUGUCCUUUUUUUUUUUUUUUUUUAAUGUGCUGUGUAAAGUUAGUCUCUGAAGCCAUCUUGGUGAACUUCCCCAACAGUGUAAAGUUAGAGUUCCUUCAGGGUGGUGCCAAGUUCCAUUUGGAAUUUAUGGUUGCUUGGGUAAAGAAGCCAUUGUCUUCAGAAACCUUGGUGUAGUUACUGUUGUGACUACAAUGAGUUUGACUAUUGAAAAGGUCGUCCAAGCAAGGUCACAAUUUGCUUAUAUAAUGGUGUUGGCACACCCUAUGAAAUAUCAAAUUUGAAUAAUGGUAUCAGAUAAAAUAACAGAUGGGAAUGAAGCUUGUGUAUCAUCCAUUAUCAUGUGUAAUCAAUAAACGAUUUAAUUCUCUUGAA